AUGACACACGUAGACGACCCAGUACGUUUGGAUAUCGAAGUAGUUGGUAGUUGUUUGCUCUGCCUAAGAACGGACACGCCAUUGGAAAAGCAUAAGUGGUACGUAUCCUUCAAAAGGGCACAGAAGUUAGCAUUUCAACCAAAUAAAAAGAGGCCGGAGUCGGAUACAUUAAAAUCAGCACAACAGUUAACCAGCGGAGCAAAGGAAAAUGAACGCCAAGUAACCUCAAGCCUCGAAAAAUUAGAUACAAACAGAUCAUCAGAAACGAGUAGAUCAGUAGAGUCAAUUAACGCUAAUAAAAUUAACCAGUCUGAAACGACCAGUAAAAGCAUAUCGAACAUAUUCGUUAAGAGUAAAAAAGGUCAAGGACCAAAAUCAUCAAUAUCGUAUAUACUGGACAACACGGAAACUUUCGAGCACAUCUCGACGAAAAUAUUAAACGAACUCGAAAGCACAACCAAUUCUGAGUCACUAAAGCACUUAAAUACAUUCCGCCUUAUAGUAACGGAUUUCUGCUGUUCAAUAAAGCAGCUUAGCGAAGAGGAGUUUAGACCAGGGGAACUACAGAGAGAACAGUAUUACCCGAAGAGUGUAGAGCAAAAAAAGCAAGAGUCGUCGGACACAGCAGGAGAUCCUGUACCGAACUUGUACUCGGAAAACUCAGUGUCCUCAGAAACGCAGUUAUACAACGACCAAUACUACGAGUGCGAGGAUUCGCAGAAGGGGUCAGUGAAAACAGUACAAGAAUCGUCAGAGCAACUAUCGGAACAGUUUGAGGACUCGGACUCGUCUGAAGAUUUGAUGACCGAGUCAAAAGAAACAAAAAUGCUCGACUACCAUGACUUCACACUAGACAGCGGAAUAAAGGAGCCAGAUCGACUGAGCGAGUCGGAGGAAUCGAUGCCGGAAAGGUACACGGUAGAGUCCGAAUUGUUUAAAACAGUAAAGCGAGAGGAGGAGCACGAGGAGAAGAGAGACUCGGUUGAAGAAGACGAAGUGUUACAGGACAAGCAGGCAGAGUCGCGAGACGAAACGCCGGCACCGGUGAAGGAAGAUGUGUGUGAGCCUGUUGCCGGACACUCCCUCGAAUCCCAGGUUUCGAACCUCAAGUUGCACGACGCGACUCCUCAGAUUGACAGGUCUAAGAUUCAGAGGAGAACGAGGCUCCCGCACGGGAGGCUGGAACAUAAGGUUUCAGUCUGGUCAAUUCUAAAGGACUUUAUCGGCAAGGACCUGUCGCGCAUCAGGAUGCCGAUAGUAUUUAACGAGCCCACGUCUAAUUUGCAGAGGGCGGCAGAAGACUUCACAUACUACAAGUACUUGAACGAAGCGUCAGAAAUGGAAAAAUCAAUCGAUAGACUGGCAAACGUAACCAUUUACAGUAUCACGCCAUACUGUUCGGCAGUAGGAAGGUCCUACAAGCCAUUUAACCCUCUACUUGGUGAAACGUUCGAAAUAACCCAUGCGGGUUUCAAUUUUUUCGCAGAACAGGUUGCACAUCAUCCUCCCAUUUUGGCGUUCCAUUGCUUCAACGAUAAGUUUGAGUCGUCAGGGAGCCUGAACAUGGUGAUAAACUUCACAGGAAAGGCAAUCGAGGCGAACAUAAUGGGACCGUUUUUGGUGGACCUGAAGUUGCCAUCGGGACUGGAAAAGUAUAGCAUACAAAGGUGCAACAUGAUUUUACAUAAUUUAAUAUUUGGAAAAAUGUGGAUCGAAGCAGUGGGCUCCGUAAUCAUAAAGAACAUAACAGAGGGAGAGUUCUCAGUUAUGCAGUAUUUGAAGAAGGGAUGUGGUGGUAGCAUUAACAUUAGUACUAGUAUAAGUGAUUGUGCUGAAAGUUUUAAUAGCAUCAACAGUAACACUAAUUACAGGUUCAAUAAGGAAAUCCAUAAAGUCAGAGGGCUCGUAUUCGAUAAAUACGGAACACAGCACUAUUACAUAUCCGGGAUCUGGAGCGAACAUAUAUACAUAGAAAAGGUGUACCCGCAGGCGGCGAAGAGUAAGCAGAAGCUGCUGAACGAAGACGGAAGCCUGCACUUCAGCAAGGUAAGCGCUAGAGACAAGAAAAGAGACGUUCAGUACCGAUUUAAAAACGAAGCGGACGCAUGGGACGCCUUCGUAAACGAUAUCGACUGGGAAAACAUCAGCCUCGUCCCGAACACAAGAAGAGAAGCGUGGAGACCAGACGAAAGACCGCCGAACAACCAGGACUACUACGGAUUCGGAUACCUGACAAUGCAGCUCAACGAGUUGACGGAAGACUACGACAGAACUAAGGGAGCACAAAUGCCAAAAACAGACUCGAGAUAUAGACCGGACCAGAGAAUGUACGAAAACGGAAGACUGGACGAAGCCAACGAGGAGAAGAAGAGACUGGAAGAUAAGCAAAGGGCCGUCGCGAAACACCGCGCAGACAACAACCUGACGUACAAGCCGCACUGGUUCACAAAAGUAAUAGACCCUGCCACACAUCAGGCAAACUGGAUCUACAAGGGAAACUACUGGGAAAAGAAACGUGACGGGACGGUCGACGAAGGGACCCCUGACAUCUUCGGAUAA